UUGAUUUUGUUAGAAUAAUAACAAUAAUAAUAGACGUAAUCGUCUCACUGAUGUCAGUAUUAUACAUGAUUUGCUUGUGCUCAGAAGUUACUAGUAAAUAUUUUAAACAGUAGAACCAAGACUUGAUGACUUUAGAGCAUUUUAUAUAUAACAAUAACAAUUAUGUACGAACAACGAUAUACAAAAUACUAGUAUAAGGUGGGUCGAACAUUUAGUUCUAUGUGUGUGGAACCCACUCGACUGCCAUUCUUUUUCAUUAUAUAUUACACAGUUGAAUCUAAUUGAGUUUAGUCAAAUGACUCUAGUCAGGUUCGAGCAUAGAUUUGCUAAUUGUGAAUUCUUAUUGGUGUUGAAGUCUUAAAUAAUAGUACAUGCUACUUGUUUAUUACUUCUAAUAGUAUAUUGAAUGUCAAUGGAUGAUGAUAAGUGGCUCCUAACACCCAUCUAUUUAUAUUAGAAAGGGUAGUAAUCCUAACAUUGAUAAUUACAAAUUACAACCAUAAUAAAAGUCAAAAAUGAAGAAGAUCAGCUCUUGGAGUGUCCUCUUGAUGUUGUUCUGUCUCAUGGCGGUGUUGCCUAAACUCGCCAUGAGUCAGAACAACACAAGUAGUCAAGGAAAUGAGACGACAACGACGUCUACAACGACAUCAACACGACUAAAGAUUGUGAUUCCUGUAAGACAGUUCGAUGAUUUUGUAACGAUCAAUCUCGACCCCACCACCGGAGAGAACAGCUUUAGUGGUUUUGCAAUUGAGGUGUUCAAAGCUGUUGCUAAUACAGCCCUUCCCGAUUCUCCUAUACUUUUUGACUUGAACCCUUUUGUUAAGCCUGAUGGCACUAUGAAUGGCACUUUUGAUGAUAUGCUUGAGGCUGUCUCUUCUCAGAAGUACGAUGGUGCGGUCGGGGAGAUAUCGAUAUUAUACUCGAGGACUCGAUUGGUCGAUUUUACAUUGCCAUACUUGGAUACAUCAAUAUCAAUGUUGGUUCCUGUGAAACAACAUAACAUUGGAAAGACUUCUUUGGUGGAAGUUACAAAGUAUAUUGUAGCAUCCACUCUAGUCUUUAGCUUUAUAGUUGCACUUCUGUUUUGGUCUCUCGAACACAAAAAUGAGAAGCACGUGUCCCACCAACUUUCUCUAGCGCAGUCUACAAAAAACGAUUUAGAUUGGCGCAGAGAAAUGAUGGGAUCAAUGAUACAAACAAGACUAGUUAUGAUAUUAUUUUUCAUGAUGAUGCUCAUAUUAAUAGCUUGUUACGCGGCGAGUCAGGUAUCAUCGCUAACAGCCCAAUAUGAAAGCAAAGGUUUUCAAUCAUUAGACGAACUCAUUAGAAAAAAGGCGAAUGUAGGAUAUCGAAAAGGAUCGUAUGUUUUUAAAAUGUUGAUCGAAAAGAACUUCCGGGAGUCACAGUUAAAAAGCCUAGACUCAGAAGAAGAUAUGUUUGAGAUGUUGACCAAAGGUACAGCACAGGGUGGUGUUGAUGCUGUUGUUGCUGAUACCCCUAAUCUUAAGCUUUUUCUUGACAAACAUUGUGGGGCUUUUACUAUUGUCCCAGUAGUCAAUCUUCCUGCAGCUGGAUUUGGUUUUGCCUUCCGUAAAGGAACAAAUUUGGCAUAUGAGUUUUCAAAUGGAAUAUUGAGGAUAAUUGACAAUGGGCAAUUGGCAAAGAUUAGAGAUAGAACAAUUGGUGGACUACAAACAUGUGAAGACUACCCAAAUGCAUUAACUUCCAACACUUUGGAUCAUGACACUUUUUGGAUACUCAUUGCUGGUGGUAUUGGAGUUUUCAUCCUUAUGACUAUAAUUUUAUUGCUAUAUUGUGGGAUUAGAUGCAAUACUAGGAAGAAUAAAGUUGUGGCAUACCCUUGCUAUUUGUUCCCAUGUUGUUAGCUUUUACGGGGUGUGUGUACUAAUACCAUAAUUUUUUAUGUCCUUUUAAAUUUAUUACAGCUCGAAACUUUGAAGUUAGUGUUUUAUGUACUUAUUGUAGCAAAUUUAAAUGUGUGUGAGCUUGGAUGAAUUUUAUAUAUUUCAAAUUUCUAGAAUG